UAUAUAUUUCAUUAAAAAUGAAUGUAUGUUCCAAUUUUGCAUUGUCUCUGACUGGAGGUUUCUAAGAGUGUAGGAAUUGUGGAAGAGAGAAAAAAUUUCAUAAUCUUGACUUUGAAAAUAAAAAUAUUGAGUAUGUUCAAAAAUCUACCAACAAUAGCAAUGCUGGUAUUCAUAUAUUCAUUAUAUUUAUUAGCUAAAUUCUAAUCAGACAAACUUUAACAGAUUGCUAUAUAAAAAUAAGUUGAAGAAGAUGAAUUGAAAGCCAAGGCUUGUAACAAUUUUGUAUUAGCACUUGUUGGAUAAUUCCAAUAAUGUGGUAAUUGCAAAAUUGAAAAAAAGUAUCAUAAACUAGAUACAGCAGGUUAAAUUGCCUAUCAACCCAAAUCCUAACUUAAUAGAUCUUCUAUAUAACCUUAAUAAUAAGCAAAACCAAGUGCUAUUGCUGGUAAACUAAUUUUUUUAUUCUAUCAUAGAAAUUGUCUCUGAAACUAUGAUGGUGUAAUCUGUCAAAGAUAGAAUUGCAUAAAUGAAUCAAAAAAAAUAAGGCAAUAAUGAACCACAAUUUAGACCAAGUGUUAAAAAAGAGUAAGUUAAAGAAAAAGUUCUUGGAUAAGCUGAAAUAGUCACAGAACAACUCUUUACAUCUGUAUCUGAUAAAAAAGGAAUUUUUGAUAAAUAAAGAAUCAGAAAAACUAUUGAAUAAUCCUCAUAACAAAUCAGAGAAGAAUAAAACGUAGAGGGUAUUAGAAAAGCUGAAUCUUCUUACAUUACAUCAUAAGAUAAUUAACAAUAAAUUUAUGAUGAGCAAUAAUAAUUUACCAAUAAUUAAUACUAAGAAAAUCAAUAAUAAGACUCUAAAUUAAAUUAAUACUAACAAUAACAAUCAGAAAAUGAUUAAGAUUAAUAAUAAUAAUAUCAAGAUUAAUAAUAAUAAUAUUAAGAUCAAGAUUAAGAUUAAGAUUAAUAAUAAUAAUAUCAAGAUUAAUAAUAAUAAUAAUAAUAAUAUCAAGAUUAAGAUUAAUAAUAAUAAUAUUAAGAAUAAGAAUAAUAAUAAUAAUAUCAAGAUUAAGAUUAAUAAUAAUAAUAUUAAGAAUAAGAAUAAUAAUAAUAAUAUCAAGAUUAAGAUUAAUAAUAAUAAUAUUAAGAAUAAGAUUAAUAAUAAUAUUAAGAAUAAGAAUAGUAAUAAUAAUAAUAAUAUUAAGAAUAAGAAUAGUAACAAUAAUAUUAAAAAGAAGAAUAAGAAGAAUAAUAAGUUUUAGAAUAAGAAUAAGAAUAAUCUAAUUAUUAAUAAUAAUAAAACAAUUAAUAUGAACAUGACCAAUAAUAGUAAGAUGAUCAAUAUGAUAAUGGACAACAAGAUAUUCAAUAACCUGAUUAAGAAAAUAAUCAAGACAUUUAUUGA